AUGAGUAAGGCUAACUCUGGGAAUGGAAAUAGUGGUUUCAAACCUAGAAACAAUCUAGGGAGGUCUACACUAGAAUGUGACUACUUUCACCUAAAAGGUCAUACCAAUGAUACUUGUUAUAAGCUCCAUGGAUAUCCUGUUGAUUUUAAGGCCAAGAGAAGAGGUUAUUCAGGUCCUGAGGAUCUCUUGAGUGUGAAGGUAAUGUGGAUUGGUAAGGAAGAGUUUGGGCUCUAUAUUCUGAAGCCAGAUAUCUCUAAGGACUCAGUGCAGUUUCAGGAUGCAAAGCAAAGUACCAGUCUAGUAUCUUCUGUAAAUACUGUCUCUAAUUUUAGUAACAAUAAGGCAAUCCAUACUAAGUCUACUGAGAAUUGUAUUAUGUCUUUGUGGAACAAGAGACUAGGGCAUGCACCUAUGAAAGUUCUACAAAAGAUUAGUAGUUUACCUCAUAUUCCUAUGCAAGAUCACCAUUAUACAGUGUGUCCUAUUGCUAAGCAAUCUAGAUUGCCAUUUCUUCACAGUACUUCUUGUUCUACUCAUCCUUUUGAAAUUGUGCAUACUGAUGUCUGGGGACCAUAUAGGGUUCCAACUCAUGAUGGUAAAAGAUACUUUAUGACAUUGGUAGAUGAUUUCUCUAAGUACACAUGGCUCUUCUUAAUGAACACUAAAGCAGAAUCUAUUGUUGUGCUGAAAAUGUUUUUAACACUAGUUCAGACUCAAUUUGAUAGCAAGGUUAAGUGUCUUAGGUCUGGCAAUGGUAUUGAGUUCUUCAAUGAGCAGGGAGCCUCUCCUUUUGAGAAACUCUAUAACAAGGUUCCAUCUCUUCAGCACUUGAGAGUCUUUGGUAGCAUGUGUUAUGCCUCCUCAGCUAGAAAAGUAGAUAAAUUUAGUCCCAAGGCCAUUUCUGUUGUACAUCUAGGCUAUUCUUCUAUGCAAAAAGGAUAUAUUUUAUAUGAUCUCCACUCUAAAUUGAUCUUUGUAAGCAGGGACACUGUCUCCAAGGAGAAUGUUUUUUCCUUUAAGCAUGUUACAUCCAACUCUUCUCCUUUAUUUCCUAUUUUGGACCUUUCAGAAGCCGAUUGCUCCUCUCUCAAUUGCAUUCCUACUCCUGGAAACCCUAUAACUGAAUCACUUCCUUCUGUCUAUAGUCAAUUAAUUGAUCCUAGUCAACUAGUUCCUGAUCAUCAUCCACAGUUAAGCUCAUCCACUGCUGCUGAUCCACCUCCUAUUAGGAAAUCAUCUAGGACUUAUGUUCCUCCUAUAUGGUUAAAAGACUAUGUGUUACCCUCCAAAGGAGCAGUCUGCAAUUACUCCAUUUCCAAUUAUGUUUGCUAUGAUAAGUUGUCUCCUGCCUAUCAGGCAUGUCUUACUGCCUACUCAGCUGUGUCUGAGCCUACCUCCUAUGUUGAGGCAAGUACUGAUCCUAAGUGGAUAGAAGCCAUGCGGGCUGGGAUUGUUGCCCUUGAGGAGAACUAG